AUGGUACUGUGCAGGCCAUGUCCUCUCAAUGCUACUGUAGAUGGAAUAGACUUCCGUAUCCAAAGCGAAUCAAACCAGAGUCUGGAUGUUCUCGCCCAGGCACUCUCGGCUUAUAGCACACCUGACAGAAAGGUGUACUUAUCUGCAGCACCACUUUGUCAAAUUCCUGACUAUUAUCUUGACACUGCUAUCAAAACUGGCGUCUUUGACUACGUGUGGGUGCAAUUUUUCGGUGAUCCUUCAUGUGAAUACAGUCCAGAAAGUCCGUCUCCCCUCAUCAGAAGUUGGAUUGCAUGGUCUUGCUAUCUAGACAAAUAUAAUACUACAUUAUUCCUGGGAUUAACAGGAGAUUCUGACGAUGACGGUUACAUCCCAUGUGUACCGCUAGUCAGUGAGAUUCUUCUCUUUGUGGAGUGGUUUCCCAAAUAUGGAGGGAUCAUGAUGCUUCAGGGCAAAUACUAUUGCCUUCUUUUAAAUCAUUCCAGUGAAAAAAUCAGGUCUUAUGUUAAUUCUGAUGUUAUGGCCUAUGGUAGAAAGUCCAUGAAUAAGUUCCAAGCCAUCUAA